GUGAUGUCUUGUGUAUCGAGGAUCCUCUAUUCGGCGAAAGUGUUGAUAAAGAACUCGACGUCCUCGCGGACUUUGGUGUACGGUUGACUUUUGACUGCGUCGGUGAGGAGAUUGACUUUGAACAAGCAACCAGGCCAGUAUUAAAAUUGAAUUUUGCUUUUGAAGAAAAUUCGGAUUGA